AUGGAUUUAUUAGGAUCAAUAUUAGAUUCGAUGGAUAAGCCACCUACUAUUAGCAAUGAAAAAAAAGCUUUGAUCAAAAAACAACGUGAUGAACAUCGGAAACAACAGAAAAUAGAAACUGAGAGGCUUAAAAGUUUUCGUGAAAAGAUCGAACACGAUGUUAAUGAAUUUCUUAAUGAUGAAAAUCAAAAAGAAUAUACAUUUCCUCCGAUGGAUCAAGUGCAUCGUAGUAUUAUUUACGAUGUAGCUGAAGUUGCAAGUAUUUUGGCUCACUCAUUCGGAGAAGAGGGAAUUGAUAGACAUAUUCGAUUAUUUAAAAAAGAAUAUGCUCCAUCUGAGGACCAAUUGAAUGUUUUACGUCGCGGAGAAGAGUGGAAUGAUGAUACUGCUAAAAAAUUAAAAGAAGAAAAAGAAAGAGAAGCAAAAGAAAAACUAGAAAAUUUUCAUUCAAAGAAACGUAAAAUUGAUUUUAUUCCAAAUACUAACUAUAAAGAUAAAUAUAAACAUAUUAUUGGUGAAGAAGCUGCUUUGGAAGCUGCGAGAAAAACUGAAGCCAAUAGUAGUUAUGGAUGUGUUCCUUGUGAAAAUAAAAAAGAUCAGAGGAGUAUUGAACAGACACUUGCAGACAUAAAAGCAAAAAAGAAAAAGAUGAAAGAAAUGAACGGAUAA